AUGACGGCCCGCGACUGCGUAUUGGAGGCGAAGGCGAUGCUGAGCGCCAUGCCAGGGGCCUCGCUGCUCUCGCGUGAUGGCUUCAUCGCCAUAUGCGUGGAGGCCGCUACCGCGUUUCUGCGCAAGCGUGGCAGCAGCAGAAGCAGUAACGGCUUGCACAGGCACAGCACAACGCCGCCGUGUAGCGCAGAAGCGGGCAACACCAACAACAACCGCAACAGGGAAACUGCAUCUCCACCCUCUGUCAGCUACAGCAGCAGGAACGACUCGGCGAAUAAAAACAUGAAGCACCUCAGCAACAGUCCCGUAGGGGCGUCGGUGAGUUGCGACAGGUCACCGCGGGAGGCGUCGGUGCCGCUUGGUGAGAAGGACCUGCGGCGGCUGCGGGAGUUGGUGGAGCGUGAGUACCGCCGCCGGUGCAGCAAGGGUGGCGUACGGCUCAGCGAUGCAGAUACGGCGCGUUUCUCCAAUGUGCCGCCCGCCAAACUGGAGGCCGCAAGACUCAUCAAGCGCGUGUUGGAUGAGCCGUACCACCGCGGCGAGCUGUCCCGCCAGAAAUAUUCCGUCAUUGUGCUUUCGGUGCUGGAGAAGCUGUUCCCGGAUCCUGUUUCGGUGAAGACUAAUAUGACAGAGAAUAACACCAGCAAUAGCAGCAGAGGCGCCGUCAACAGCUCUGACGGCUUCGUGCUGGACGAGAAGAUGAUGGUGGAUCCACCGCAGGACUUGCAGGCUUCACUGCGCCCCGACGUCACCGCCCUCACGGAGCGGCUCACGGAGCGGGCGCUGCAACACUUCCUUGGAAGCCAUAACACCACCAACAACAACAAUAAUCAUAUUUACAAUGAUGGCGAGGAUAACGACCACGGACUCAUUCAAGGGAUGAGUCCACUCCCUCGCAAGCCGCACGAACCCUCACCCACGCAAAUAGUCUUCAAUGACAGUGCGGCAUUGUCAUCAUCGGCCUCCGUGCACUUCGACGAUGCGUUUGAGCUGCAGGUCGAACGGCUGCGCCAGGUGCUGGAAGAGAAGUACGCGCUUGACCUCUCCGGUGCCCGCGCUUCUUCCAGCCGCCCGGGGAGGCAUGAUAGCGAGGACGCCCUGGCCCGGAAGAAGCGGGAUGAGCUGCUAGCGGAGGCGCGGCUCUGCCAGGAAGAGCUGCAUAACGCACAGGAGCGACUCGGUAGCAUCAUGCAGGAGCUGCGUGUGGCGGAGCGGCCGUCCCACGCUGUUACCAGGUGA